CUCUCUCUCUCUCUCUCUCUCUCUCUCUCUCUCACUCACUCUCACUCUCUGCCCUCUUCUUCUUCUUUCGGAGUCUGGCUUUGGGGAGAAAAAAAGAGAAAAGAAAGCCUUUUAGUUUCGCCUCUGUCUGUGUGCGUUACAGGAGGAAGGAGGUUUUCGCUGCCCGUUCCGGAUGGAGGUGUGUGUUUGUUUUCGCGGCUCGUUGGCUGCGUUUUGAACAAGGACGAGGAAGGGACGGCUGGAUGUGAUUCCUCGGACCUCACACUGCUUCAGUUAGACUCAUCGGAGAGAGGCAGAGAGGGAGAGAGAGGUGCGAAAAACUGAGACUGUGGCUCUCCAAAGGAGAAAAAAGGGAAAUUCAGUCAGAAGUGGAAGUACAAGACCUUUUUUCUUGAUAUUUUCUGGACGUUUUCAUCGGAUGCUCUGAGUGACCGUGAAGCAGAAGCUCCAGGCUCUGGAGCUUUGAGGGUUCUGGGCUCUGUCCAGUCCAGGACAGAACCUCCUUUGAGGUUUGGAGGCCAGAGGGAGUUCACUGACCAUUAAAAUCCUCCAACCAGUGUGUCUUCUCCUCCACUGACCAUGUACCCACAGGGCAGACACCCGGUCCCUCUGCAGCCUGGACAGUCCUUCAAGUUCACCGUGCUGGAGACACUGGACCGUAUUAAGGAGGAGUUCCAGUUCCUCCAGGCUCAGUACCACAGUCUGAAACUGGAGUGUGAGAAGCUGGCCAGUGAGAAGACGGAGAUGCAGAGACAUUACAUCAUGUACUAUGAGAUGUCCUACGGACUCAACAUUGAGAUGCACAAACAGGCGGAGAUCGUGAAGCGGCUCAGCGCUAUCUGUGCUCAGAUCAUCCCUUUCCUCUCUCAGGAGCACCAGCAGCAGGUGGUGCAGGCUGUGGAGCGGGCUAAACAGGUCACCAUGGCGGAACUCAAUGCCAUCAUUGGGCAGCAGCAGCUCCAGCAUCUGUCCCACCACACUGCGGGUAUUCCUCUAACCCCCCACCCAUCCGGUCUGGCUCUGGGGGGUGGCUCAGGCCUGCUAGCCCUCACUGGAGCACUUGGAGUGUCUGCUCACCUGACCGGCAAAGAUGAGCGCAAUCAUCUGGACGCAGAGCACCUCCGAGAGGGUGCGCCCAGCAGGAGUAAAUCGGUGUCAUCGACAGACAGUCAGGUGGUGGAGGAGCGUCAGGGCCCGUCCGGUGUUUAUCCCUCACAGAGCAGCAAUGACGCCAAAAGGAGGCGCUGUGACGACAAAGACGGCCCGUCACAUUAUGACAGUGAUGGCGACAAGAGUGAAGACAACCUGGUGGUGGAUGUCUCUAAUGAGGAGCCUUCCUCUCCCGUUGGCAGCACCCCCCACUCUCCUCAUGGCAAUGGUUUAGAUAGAGCCCCCAUGCUGAGGAAGGAGCUGCCUCGAUCCCCCAGCCUGCCCCCUUCUCACAGCCCCCCCACCCACAGCCCCCCACCGGGCAAGAGCAAGGACCCUACACAGCAGACAGAGAAAUGUCCCCAGUCCCCCUCCUCUAAGUCGGGCAGUAGUUCUCCUUCUCACCGUGAGGCUCUUACCCCCGGACUCCCCGGGCCCAGCACUUCCUGUCUCCGGCUGGUCACCAAACCUGCCUCCUCCGCAGACCCCCUGGCUUUGCGCAGUCCUCUAUCCAUGACCCCUGCUUCUUACCCGGCUCAUUUCGGGGUAGUGUCUCAUGCCGGACUGAACGGAGAGCUGGCCAGUCCAGGCAGUUUUGGGGGCUCACUUACCCUCUCGCCCCAAAUCAGUACUGCAGCCAGUGCCUACACACGCAGCCCCAUGGUGGCGUAUGAAUCGCGCUCUCACCUCAGGCCCUCAGGGCUGUCCUCCUCCCUGCCUGGCUCCAGCGGGGGCAAGCCUGCCUACUCGUUCCAUGUGAGUGCGGAUGGGCAGAUGCAGCCGGUGCCCUUCCCUCCUGAUGCCCUCCUGGGACCUGGCAUCCCUCGCCAUGCCCGCCAAAUCCACACCCUCAGCCAUGGAGAGGUGGUGUGCGCCGUCACCAUCAGCACCUCCACGCGGCACGUCUACACCGGCGGCAAAGGCUGCGUCAAAGUAUGGGACAUCAGCCAGCCGGGCAGCAAAAGCCCAAUGGCCCAACUGGACUGUCUGAACAGGGACAACUACAUUCGCUCCUGCAAGCUCCUCCCAGAUGGGCGGACAUUGAUAGUUGGAGGUGAAGCCAGCACUCUGUCCAUCUGGGACUUGGCUACGCCCACUCCACGCAUUAAAGCGGAGUUAACAUCCUCUGCUCCAGCUUGCUAUGCACUGGCCAUCAGUCCAGACAACAAGGUGUGCUUCUCGUGCUGCAGCGACGGCAACAUCGUAGUGUGGGACCUGCACAACCAGACGCUCGUCAGGCAGUUCCAGGGCCACACAGAUGGAGCCAGCUGUAUCGAUAUCUCCAAUGACGGGACUAAACUGUGGACAGGGGGUCUGGACAACACAGUGCGCUGCUGGGACCUGAGAGAGGGCCGGCAGCUCCAGCAGCACGACUUCACCUCACAGAUCUUCUCUUUGGGCUACUGUCCUACAGGGGAGUGGCUCGCAGUGGGCAUGGAGAGCAGUAAUGUAGAAGUGCUGCACGUCUCCAAACCAGACAAAUACCAGCUGCACCUGCACGAGAGCUGUGUGCUCUCUCUAAAGUUUGCCUACUGCGGCAAAUGGUUUGUCAGCACGGGAAAAGACAAUCUGUUAAAUGCAUGGAGAACACCGUAUGGAGCCAGCAUCUUCCAGUCCAAGGAGUCCUCGUCUGUUCUGAGCUGCGACGUCUCGCCCGACGACAAGUACAUCGUCACAGGGUCCGGAGAUAAGAAAGCCACUGUGUAUGAGGUGGUGUACUGAGGCAACAGGGCAACAGGAGAGAGAGAGGGAGCGAUGGAUGAAUGGAUGGAAGAAAGAAUGAGUGAAUAAAAAGUGGGCAACCAUGGGCAACAAUGCAUCCUCUUCCCAGACAGUAUUUCCUGCUCAGUACCUGCAAGUACCCCCCCUCACCUCCACCAACCCCAUUCCAUAUCCCCAGAGAGAGAGAGAGAACGACAGUGAGAGAUAAAGAAUGAGACAGAGAGGGAGAGAAAGUAGCGAGAGAGGGAGGGUAAUUAGCGCAGUCUCUAGAUGAAGAGCUCAGCAGAGAGGAGAAAAGCCCACAGGAGACAGUGAGCACUUAGGGAGCUGCAGCUCACAGAAAACACACAUACCAGACAAUCGAUUCAUUAGUCCCAAAAGAAACUCCACUGUAACGAGCCUCAACACAAGCAACCCCCCACGAAAAACCCAGAGACAGCAGAAUGAGCAAGCUGUGGCCUGGCCUUGGCUGGAUUUUAAACCCAAUUUCCUCUCUAAUUUAGUCAUUGCCUGUUCCUUCCCGCUAGCUGGGUCUCCCCCAUCACACAAUAGGUACCAGCCUGGGAGGAUAUGAGCACAAGCAACAUCACUGCACUGCACAGAUAAAUGCACUUGGUGAAGAGUAACAGUGCAUUCUGACACUAAUCAAGUUAGAUAUUUGGAAAUUUGGCACAUCAAACCACCAGUCAUUUGUGAUUUUGCCUCUACACUUAUAGAAAAUAAUAUAUAGCAAAUAUGAAAUAGAAGUGUAGAGGAUGCACUGUUUACUGCUGUAAUGUUUGUUGAGCGGGGGUCUACAAACCUUAAGAUGAAAUUUUUUUUUGCUGCUGUCGGCACAAAAACUCGUAUCUCCAUUUUUGUUUUUUUUUGACAUAAUUUCAAAAAUUCAUGCAUUCAAUGAACUGACCAAAAUAAAUAGCCCAAAAUGACUUACUUUAAAAAAGUCUGGUUCUGUUGACUCUGUGAUCUUGUUCCGACAGCAGCGAUACAUACACACAUACAUACACACAUACAUACAUUUAUAUACAAUACUGUGUAAAAGUUUUAAACACCUGAAAAAAUUGCAGGUAAGAAGCUCUUUAUCUUAAGUAAAAGUGUGUUUAUUUGCUCAGAAAAGCCGUAUUAGAAUAAAUACAAAUAAGAUUAAUGUGACCUACUGUUAUUUACAGUUAGAGACUCAGUGGCUGGUUUGGCCCAUCACUACUUCAUUAUGGUAAUUCAGGUUUGCUGGUGAUGAAAUUUGACAAAUCCAUGUGAAAGUUUGGAGGGAUACUUGUAUAAAGUGAUAAAGUCAGUGUUAUGGUAGCUGGAAAUAACAUAUCAAUAGAGCCAUCAAUAAAACUUACCAUUUAAAAGCUGUUUUUGAUUGAAAGGACAAGAAUUACUUGUCAAAAAAGUCAUUGGCUAGUUAUGGGCUGAUGUGUGGUGCCAGACUUCUCCUACACUACCCACAGCCAUCAUCUCGCACAGCAAAUUGAGGUUCCUUGGUUCCUGAUGGGGACGUGCGUAUUCAGUAGCGUUAGGUUGUCAGUCAUUUACAAACACUGAAGUGUUUACUAUAUUUAGUUGACCAUAUUGGUGCACUGUUUGCCAGUCAGUGUGUUAAAAUAGAAUAUUCAUGCUCGUAAAUCUGGGUAACAAAGAAUUAUGAUCUGUAUUUACAGAAAAGUUUGUGGUAAAAUCUGAAAAUUUUCAAGUUUGAUGUCUGAACGUACCACAGCUGUCCAGAUUUUUAUACGUGGGCUAACCAGCACCUGCACCGUACUGCGCUUAAUAAUGAUGGGAAACAAGGCUGUCCUUCACCACACAGAGCACAGGACUUAUACUCUUCAGAUUAGAACUAGUGUUCCAGUUAUGAUGUGUUCAAAAACACAGUAUGCUACUUCCCUAUAUAUUCCAAUUAAAUAUUCAUAUGGUGAUUCCCAGCUGAAUUCUCCAGCCUGCGUUUUAUUUUCAUCUCCCACCAGAGACUUCCCCGGAGUCUAAUGAGGAGCAGGUUGAUCUCUCAGUAGGUUUCAUGCAGCAAAUACUGAACAGCAGCACUGUUCACUGUUAUUCCAGUGGCCCAGUGCAUGUACACAUCACUUAAGACCACAUUGUUUUGCUUUAGAGUCAGUUAAAAAUGUACGCUGACCACUGGAUCUCACAUCACUGCAGAACAUGGUUGGUUGAAGCUUGUUUGAUUGAGGCAUAAAACAUAAAAGCAAUUCAGAACUUUGUAACAGUGCCAGAGAAAUCCACUCUCCCUGCAGCCAGACUCAGGUUAGCUUCAUGCCCAAGAGGCCCUAGGCUAUAGCCCUGUUGUACCUCACAGUUUUAAAGAGCUGUGGUUGCCCACCCAAUCUGUGAUGUUUGAAGGAUUAAGUCAAGCGAUCCACGCACCACGAAACCCUGCUGGGAGCAAAUUUUGUUCUUUUGUUUUCUUUAACAUGUUCCGUUUCUUCAACUUUAUCUGAUCUGUGAACCAGAGGGCUUCUCUCGGAAUCGCAAAAAAUAUAUAUAAAAAGGAAGGAAAAAAGAAACUUUUGGAUGGACUGAAAACGGAAUCUUUUGCUUGCUACCUGUCCAAACACAACAAAGAACUGUAUGAUUUUUUUUAAUGGAAAUUAGUAAUAGUGCUACAGUGUUUUGUUCAGUCUGUUAUGCAGAAAGUAUGGUGUAUGUUUUCCUUUCUCCUUUCUAUAAAUUGCUGAAUCUAUGGCUGCCCAAAGACAGUGGGAUUUGUCUUGUGUAUGCCAGACCUUCUCCACUGCCUUAUCAUCACAGCCUAUCUUUAAAUGUCAUGCUAUUGGAAUAUCUGUAUCUACUGUUGCCUAACGCUUUGUUUCUAUACUGAAAAACAGUGUCCAGUGUCAAGCGCUCACUUUCUCUCCCUCUCUCUGAAGCCAAGGACUUUUUUUCUGCAAAGGCACAGCUGUGAUAUCCCUCUGUAGCACUUCCUGUGUGAUGUACCAGACAUGCAUACAUUGAUUAAUUAAACUUGUGGUCAUAUUUUGAA